CUUAAUGAAAAAAUAAAAAUACUUAUUUUAUAUAAAAAUGGCAAUGAUAAUAUAGAUAGAUUUGAAGAAUCAUUGCUUUGCAAUAUGGCACAACCAGGAUCACCCCGAUUAUCUUUGCCUGAAAACCAAGCUAUGAUUCAGAAUCAUAGAAUUCAGCGAGAGGUUAAUAAUAUUAGACAGUAUUUUCAAAGCCCAACUACAAUAACACUUACAAUAAAUGGCAUUAUAGAUUAUCUUAAUAUAAUUUCUGAUGCCGGAAAUAGGCUUGAAAGAUUACUAACAAAUUUGCAAACCCAGAUAGCUGAUUCACAAACCCAGUUAGCUACGCUUCAAAAUGAUUAUGAUCUUCUUUAUCAAGCUUAUAGAGCCCACAAACUUAAUUAUCACUUAUUAAAAGCAACUUGUAUAGAAAAAAAUAAGCAUAUAUCAGAGCUACUCCAAGAAAAAUUUGUAGCAUGUCUUUUAAAUAGACAAUUUCAGAUUCAAGCCCAGCAAAACAGCCAGCAACUACAAGAUUGUAAGACGGAUGGGGCAAUUACUACACAUCUCUUAAAUCUUACAACAAAUCGAUACAAUAAGUGGAAAAAUAAAUGCAAGACUCUAGAAAAUGAUCUAUUACUUGCCGAUGUUCAACUGGACAACAAGUGGGGUAAGUGGAAAACUCGGGCACAAAAUUCUGAACAAUUAAUUAAUAAUUUAAAUCAACAAAUUUUAGCACUACAAUAUAACCUACCAAAUAUGGUGACAGUUGCAGGAGACUUAACCAGCAUUGCAUCAUUAAUUGCACAGAUUCCAAAUUAUAGUGGACAGAUUCCACCAGAUGAAUGGUAUCAAAGAAUUAAUCAAAUAUUAACUUUAUCAUCAAUUACGGCAGGCACCUUUAAUAAUGCACUUCGAGCAGAUAUUUUAAAAAGUAAGAUGUCUGGAAAAUAUACAAAUAUACCCGCACAAUACCCCAUAGGUACAAAUAUUGAUACUCCAGCUCGUUUUAUUGUUUGGUUGUAUCAUAAAUAUCAAACAGAAACAGUUGGUACACAACAAGUCGCUACUCAAAGAUUAGCACAAGAAAAAUUCUUACCAUUUGAUAAUCCAGAAUCAUAUGAGGCUAGAAUCUGCCCUCUUUUAUUAGGGGUUGCUGAUGGUGAUGCUAAUAUCUUAGGACUUCUUAAGGGCCAUUUAUCGGGAGAGCUUUAUACUUGGAUGAAAAUUGCUAAUCCUCUUGGCAUUAAUGCAUUUUUUACAGAACUUAAAAAUAUGUGGUUAGAAUGUCCUCCGAAUUUGUAUAAAGGCUCUAUUCCUGACCAAAUCUCUCAAACUCCAACUGUUAAUAUACAAAAUAAAUCACAUUCUAAUAGUAGUAGUAUAUUUCGAGCUGAACUAGAUAGUAUGAUAAAAUCACAAUUAGCUUUAGUACCAACAACUUCUAUUCAGUCUUUACAGCACCAAAAAACACAAGCUUUACAGUCUCAGCAAAAGCAACCUGAUUUCAGUGACUACCUUAGAGUACCAAAUAAAUAUAUGCCAGAAAGACCACCAGAUGGAUAUAGCGUAAAUUCUGAAAAAUUUAUUCAUUGUGAUCUUAUAAACCCAACUCCUUCAGCCAGCCAAAUUAUAGAAUCUUUAGCUAAUGAUCUUUAUAAAAAAGUGUCAGAUAUGUUUUUGGCAAAGCCAGUGCAAUCAAAGAAAAAUAUUGAAGUUGACUCUGACGAAGAACUGGCUGAUUGUAUGGGUAAAUUAUCAAUAAAUAAGGCUUUGUCGAAAGGUUUUGAGGCAGGAGUUCAUGCUGGCAAAAAAAAAGUAAACCAGAAGAGUAGUUCGAGCAAAUCAUUAUCUAAGAAGGUAUCCAAAUCUCACAAGAUCAAUAAGGAACCUAAGUCUCACAAAAGGGGUAGGAGUAAGCAAACAGUUUUAGAACAAACUAUUCGUAAAAUUAUCCAAAGUGAACUUAAAGAUAUUUUACCUUCAUUAUUGCAGGAGCUCAAUUUUAAUAAUGAAAAAUCAUACCAUAUUCAAGAUAAUAAUUAUCGAGAACUAGCUCCAGAGAUAUCCAAUUCAGAUGAAGAUGAGACUUUGGAUGACCCUAUGGAAAUUGAUUUUGUUUGUCAGAAAGAACCCGAUACAGGUAUUGUGACUAUACCAUGCAAAAUUAAGCAUUUAAAAAUCCCAGCAAUGAUAAUUGAUAGUAGGGCUGAAACUGAGAUCAUAACAGAAGAUAUUGUUAAGUGUAUAAAUGGAAAAAUUGAUAGAUCUGUGAAGUAUGACCUUAGUAGUAUUGCUACCGUUCCAAUUGAGUCUAUUGGCAUCGUUCGUAAUUUACCAAUAACACUAACUCCUGAUUGUACUAUAUAUGAGGAUUUUGUAGUCAUUCAUCACAAUGGAAAGGAUCAUAUUUUUCCUGUAACUAUGCAUAAGGUGAAGAAUAAGCUCGAAGUAAAUUACGCUACUGCGACUCAAGAUGGCUCACAUAACGAGGAUACUAUUCUAUCUAAGCCUUUGGGAUCUGAUCAAAUUUCACAGAAAGUAGAUAGUGAUAAGAAUGACAGUAUACCAUUGGAGGAAUGGCAUGCUCCUGCAGGUUUUAGCUCAGAUUCUGUUGAUUCAUCAUUUAAAAAAAACGCAUGA